AUGUACAAGAAUAAAGGUCAUGUUAAGAACAGAAACGAGACAGAACACAAGACAAUGGUCAAGAGUAAAGAACGGGAGAAGAACACGAGCGAUAAAGAGGUUAAAGAAGAACAAAAUAACAAGAGUCGGAAUAGAAAUGACAAGAACGAAGACAAGUCAAAAACGAAUGGAAAUAAAAGGAAAACAAGAGCAAAACAUCGGGAAGGAAUAAACAAGAAAACGGCCAAAACAAAAGAAAACACAGAAAAUGUCAAAACUAAGAAUAAUAAAGAACACAACAACCAAACAGAGAACAAGCAAAUGAAAAAUAAAGAGUUUCCUAAAGAGAAAAAGAAUAAAAACAAAGGAAUUGGCAUUAAGAAAACAGAACAAGAAAAACAUGAAGAGAUUAGGGGAAAGAGCAGACGGAAAGGAGACAAUAAGAAAAGACGUAAAGGAAAAAACAACAACACAAGAAAGAUGAAACAAACAAAUUACUUAAAGGACGAAGAGAAGAUGAACCAAAUACAAUUGGAAAAGAAGAGAAACAAAGACAUUACUCAGAUAAAACGAAAGAGGAACAAUAAAAAGGAAACAAUAAUAGAGAAGAGGACGAGAGGCAGAGGAACAACUAACAACCACAAAGGAACAAACAAAAGCAGUAAACAAAGACAAAAAGGAACAAGAAAAAUAAACGCGUCUAAAACGAGGAAAAAGAAGAGGACAAUCAAGAAGAAUAACGGACGAAGUGAAGAGAUCAAGAAAUAUAUAAACAAUAAGAUAUCGAAGGAAAGUGAGAGAAAUAAGGAGAAUAAGACAAAUAAAGAGAAUAAGAGAAAGAAUAAAAAUAACCGAAAAAAAGGAAAUACAAUAAAUAAAAGAAAUACCAAUAAAGAAAAUAUUAGAAAUAAAAAUAAUAUGAAGUACAGCAGUGUUCAGGUGAAUAAGGAAAAGAAUAGUCAGAAGAACAAGCCUGGAACCUCCAGCGAAAUGAGCAAGGCUGGAACUUCCAAGAAUAAGAGCAAGGCUGUAACUUCCAGAAAGAAGAACAAGGUAGAAACCUCCAAUGAGAAGAACAAGUCUGGAACCUCCAGUAAGAAACAUAAGGCUGGAGCCUCCAGGGUGAAGAGUAAAUCAGUAGCCUCUAGGAAGAAGAGCAAGUCUGAAGCUUCCAAUAAAAUUAGCAAGACUGGAGCCACUAGGAAGAAGAGCUCGGCUGGAAGCUCCAGGAAGAAGAGCUCAGCUGGAAGCUCCAGGAAGAAGAGCUCAGCUGGAAGCUCCAGGAUACAAACGAAUGGCAGGAAAAUCAAGGCUGGAGCUUCUAGUAAGAAUAAGAAGUUCAGGAAGGGCAAGAUUGGAGCCUCCAGUAAGAAUAAAAAUGCCAGGAAGGGCAAGACUGGAGCCACUAGGAAGAAGAGCAAGGCUGCCACCUCCAAUAAGAACACAAAUGCUGGAGCCUCCAGGACGAAGAGUAAGGUUGAAUCCUCCAGUAAGAAGACCAAGGCUGCAGCCUCCAUAAAAAAGAGCAAGGCUGAAUCCACCAGGAAGAAGAGCAAGGUUCGAGCCUACUGGAAGAAGAACAAGGCUGGAACCUCCAGAAAGAAGAGCAAGGUUGUAGACUCCAAUGAGAAGAACAAGGCUGGAACCUCCAGUAAGAAACGUAAGACUGGAACCUCCAGGAAAAAGAGUAAGGCUGGAGCCUCCAAGAAGAUGAACAAGGCUGGAGCCUCCAGGAAGAAGACCAAGGCUGAGGCCUCCAGGAAGAAGAGUAAAGCUGGAGCCUCCUGGAAAAACAGCGAGGCUGUAAACUCCAGUAUGAAGAGCAAAGCUCCAACCUCAAAUGAUAAGAGCAAGGCUUUAACUUCCAAGAAGAAGAGCAACGCUAGAGCCUUCAAUAAGAAAAGUAUGACUGGAACUUCCAGGACAAAGAACAAGUCUGGAGCCUCAGGGAAUAAGAGCAAGGCUGGAGCCUUCAAUAAAAAGAGCAAUGCUGAAGGCUCUGGGAAGAAGAGGAAGGUUGGAGCUUCCAAGAAGAAGAACAAGGCCGGUGCCUCCAGGAAGUCUAAGAAGAACAGAAAGGGCAAGGCUGAGGCCUCCAUGAAGUCUAAGAAGUACAAGAAGGGCAAGACUGCAGCUUCUGUUAAGUCUAAGAAGGCCAGGAAGGGCAAGGGACGUGCCUCCAGAAAGUCUAAGGAGAAAAUUAAGGGCAAGGCUGGGGCCUCCAGGAAGUCUAAGAAGGAGAGGAAGGGCAAGGCUGGGGCCUCCAGGAAGUCUAAAAAGGGCAGGAAGGGCAAGGCUGGAGCCUCUAGGAAGUCUAAGAAGAGGAAGGGCAAGGCCGCAGCUUCCAGGAAGUCUAAGAAGGACAGGAAGGGCAAGGCUGCAGCUUCCAGGAAGUCUGAGAAGGACAGGAAGGGCAAGGCUGCAGCUUCCAGGAAGUCUGAGAAGGACAGGAAGGGCAAGGCUGCAGCUUCCAGGAAGUCUAAGAAGGACAGGAAGGGCAAGGCUACAGCUUCCAGGAAGUCUAAGAAGGACAGGAAGGGCAAGGCUGCAGCUUCCAGGAAGUCUAAGAAGGACAGGAAGGGCAAGGCUGCAGCUUCCAGGAAGUCUAAGAAGGACAGGAAGGACAAGGUUGCAGCCUCCAGGAAGCCUAACGACAGAAAGGGCAAGACCACAACCUCCAGGAAGUCUAAGAAGGACAGGAAGGGCAAGGCUGCAGCUUCCAGAAAGUCUAAGAAGGACAGGAAGGGCAAGGCUGCAGCUUCCAGAAAGUCUAAGAAGGACAGGAAGGGCAAAGCCGCAGCUUCCAGGAAGUCUAAGAAGGACAAGGUUGCAGCCUCCAGGAAGCCUAACGACAGAAAGGGCAAGACCACAACCUCCAGGAAGUCUAAGAAGGACAGGAAGGGCAAGGCUGCAGCUUCCAGAAAGUCUAAGAAGGACAGGAAGGGCAAGGCUGCAGCUUCCAGAAAGUCUAAGAAGGACAGGAAGGGCAAGGCUGUAGCUUCCAGGAAGUCUAAGAAGGACAGGAAGGGCAAGGCCGCAGCUUCCAGGAAGUCUAAGAAUGACAGGAAGGGCAAGGCCGCAGCUUCCAGGAAGUCUAAGAAGGACAGGAAGGGCAAGGCCGCAGCUUCCAGGAAGUCUAAGAAGGACAGGAAGGGCAAGACUGCAGCUUCCAGGAAAUCUAAGAAGGACAGGAAGGGCAAGGCUGCAGCUUCCAGGAAGUCUAAGAAGGACAGGAAAGGCAAGGCUGCAGCUUCCAGGAAGUCUAAGAAGGACAGAAAGGGCAAGGCUGCAGCCUCCAGGAAGUCUAAGAAGAACAAGAAGGGCAAGGCUGGAGCAUCCAGUAGGAAGAACAUGGCUGGAGCCUCUAGGAAGAAUAAGAAGGGCAGGAAGAACGAGGCUAGAGCCUCUACUAGGAAGAACAAGAAUGAAGCCUCCAGGAAGAAUGAGAACGCCAGGAAAAACAAGGCUGGAGCCUCCAGGAAGAAUAAGAAGGCCAAGAAAGGCAAAGCUGGAGCCUCCAGUAGGAAGAACAAGGCUGGAGCCUCCGUGAAGAAUAAGAAGGGCAAGGCUGGAGCCUCCAGAAAGAAUAAGAAGGACAAGGCUGGAGCCUAUAGAAAGAAUAAGGCCUGGAAAGGCAAGACCUCCUGGAAAGGUAGGGCAGGAGGUCCCCUGUGUGUAAAGACCAUGGAAGCUUGUAAGAGGUAUGGCGGCUGGUGCGUCAGUCCGGACAAGGAGUGUCCAUCGCUAUACAAAACUUACUCCAGCAACACCUGCAAGACUUGUAAAUGUUGUAAACAAGAAUGCAACACCAAUAGCAAGUGCAAGAAGCGUGGAGGAUCCUGCAAGAAGACAUGUUCAGAGGAUGAAAGCGAAUUUCUGAAGGAUUGUAAAGAAAAGGGAUGCAAGUGUUGUGUAGCGGGAAAAGAGUGUAAGAUAAAGAAGAAGUGCGAGAAGCGUGGCGGGUCCUGCAAGAAGCAGUGUUCGCCCAGCGAGAAGGAGGUGAAGAAGGGCUGUCGAGGACGGAAGUGCAAGUGUUGCGUGGCCGGAGGUGGUAAGUGUUGUACACACUUUACUGGUUGUGUCGUGGUGGAAAGUGCUGUAUACGCUUUACUGGUUGUGUGGUGGGGAUAAGUGUUGUACACACUUUGUUGGUUGUGUGAUGGAUAUAAUUUAUUGGUCGCUUUCGUCCACUUGCAUCCAGAGAGAUUUUUAGGACCUUUUGAAUAU